AUGAAGGGGCACAAUUCUAAAGUUUUAGUAGUGGCUCUUACUGUAUUUAUUAGCAAUGGUCUGGAAUCCGAAAGAAUCAUUGGUGGUCACUUGGCCAAAAAACACCAAUUCAAGUACUUUGUCUCCAUACAGUUGAGACAAUUCCAUCAUUGCGGCGGUGCACUCAUAGCACCCAAUAUCGUUUUGACAGCAGCUCAUUGCGUUUACGACGUCUAUGGUGUAUAUAUUCACUUAUUAACAGUCAAUGCUGGGACAACGAAUGCAAACGAUGACACUUACAGCAGUGCUGUUAUAAAAAUUUACAUCCACGAUAAAUUUAUCUUCGUACGAGGAACUAAUGACAUCGCUGUAUUGAAAUUGGAAAAAGAUUUCGACGUAAGUGGUCGUUUACCCAUUGGUUUGGCGUCUCUACCACUGGAAAACGAAGAUUUUAUCGGCAAAACUGCAGUGACGAUGGGUUUUGGCUGGGAUAAAGUUAGGGAAGUGUACAGUCCUGCUCUCAAAGAUACUCUUGAGUUUGGCGAAUCCUCAGGAAAAUUGAAAUAUGAGUUCGUAGAUGUAGUAAAGACCAAGCAAUGCGACUAUGAUCAAAAAAUUAUAUGUGGCCAAAUGAAGCAAAAAUCAUCCAUGGCACCUCAAGGCGUUUGUUCGGUAGGUGUCUUGAAUUAA